UCUGAUUCCAGAACUGCACUGGUACAGGGGAGGGAGCAGUGGCUAUUUAAAGAGGCUAAAAUAACACAAGAUCUUUAGUGCUGAGUAACCGCCUCCAAACAGACACAACAGGAUCAACUGAUCAUCUGUGUCACGGUUUAAAGAGGCAGGGUUUGACAGCCACGACGGUGCUUAUUCACGGUCUUCUUUUUCAGUGGACUGACUCUGACUGACUCCUCGGGCAGCCCGUGCCAACCCGCUCUGCAUAGGAGAAAAUGGGCAAAGAUUUCUAUAAAAUAUUGGGAAUCGCGAAAGGAGCAUCAGACGACGACAUCAAAAAAGCGUACAGAAAACAGGCGCUGAAAUGGCAUCCUGACAAAAACAAGGCGGCCAAUGCGGAGGAGAAAUUCAAGGAGGUAGCGGAGGCAUAUGAAGUUCUCAGUGAUCCAAAGAAACGGGAAAUAUACGACCAGUACGGAGAAGAAGGCCUUAAAGGAGGCGGUGGAGCGUCCGACGGGCCAGGAGGCAACUUCACCUACACCUUCCAUGGAGAUCCUCAUGCAACGUUUGCCACGUUUUUCGGAGGAGCCAAUCCUUUUGAGAUAUUUUUUGGCAGGAAAGUCAAUGGACGAGAUGACGAUGACAUGGAGGUGGACGGGAGUGACCCCUUUGGUUCUUUUACGAGUUUUAACAUAAAUGGAUUUCCGCGCGAACGGCACGUUGGUCAGGGCGGCCCGCCGCGCAGAAAGCAGGACCCCGCGAUCCACCACGAGCUCCGGGUGUCUCUAGAGGAGGUCUUUCAUGGGUGCACCAAGCGCAUGAAAAUCUCACGCAAGCGCUUGAAUCCGGACGGUCGGACCAUGAGAGCCGAGGACAAAAUCCUCACAAUUGAGAUCAAGCGUGGCUGGAAAGAGGGAACCAAAAUCACGUUUCCUCGGGAGGGUGACGAAUCGCCAAACACGAUUCCUGCCGACAUUGUGUUUGUCAUUAAAGACAAGCCCCACGGCCACUUUCGACGAGAGGGCUCUGAUAUUGUGUACCCGGUCCGGGUCAGUUUGCGGCAGUCAUUGUGUGGCUGCUCUGUCACCGUGUCGACGAUCGACGGUAACACGUGCAAUAUGAAGAUAACCGAUGUUAUCAAACCCGGCAUGAGGAAGAUCAUUGCUGGACAAGGACUACCCUUCCCAAAGAAUCCAGAGCAAAGAGGGGACCUCAUUGUGGAGUUUGAUGUGAACUUUCCUGAAAGUCUGCCAUCUAAUGCCAAGGAUGUCCUGAAAAGACACUUACCCGUCUCAUAAAGUGAAUUUGGACUUUAGUGACAUUUCUACAUGAACAAUUUAGUCCCCUCGUCUCAUACGUGGACUAAAAUGACAAAUCAAAUUUUGAGAAUGUGCAAUUUCUAUUUUUUAUGUAAAUGUUAUAUGUUAUAUGUCUAACACACACACACACGCACACACACACACACACACACACACACACACACACACAUAUACAUAUACUGUAUAUGUAUAUGUGUGUGUCUGUGUGUGUGUUGCAUGCCUAUGUAUGUCAGUGACAGUGCAGGCUUAAAGUGCAAUUUUUGUUUGAGAUGUUAUUUUUUUCCCCACAGUUUUAUUUAUUUUUUUUUUUUUUACGCUUCAUUUGAAUUGUUUAAAUGUUUUAUUGGAACCUUAUACAACAUCAGUAUUUUACAGACUAAAUUAGCUGUGUUUGUUUGCUUUUUUCAAGUAGAAAAUUCAUCUUUAUUCAUUCUGUCUAAAUGCAAAAAAACUAUAUAAUUUUAGUAAAUGAUGGCUUGAAGUGAAUUGCGUGAUGAUGCCAUGGAUACUUGCCUUCAUUCAUGAUACUUUGCAUUUAGCUAGACAUAAUGCCUUUUCAGGUUUAAUAUGUCAGAUCCCUGUAAAUGUGAGCAACAGACUCACGUAAAGUACCUGUCUUUGACAGAGACCAAAAAAUGGUGACUUGUGCUGUGGGUUUAUACAAUGUUUUAUUCAUUGAAAAUUUGAAGAGCAUUUGCAUACUUAGUAUUAUUUUACAUUUUUACUCCGUUUACUACUAGUGUCUUGUGUUUGGAAGUUUAUUACUAAAUCCUUAUGAUACGAUUAAUAAAAACUGUAGGAGGUAUAGAAACUCAA